AUGCCAGUGCAGGCGGCUCAGUGUACAGAAUUCCUGUCCUGCCCCAUCUGCUACAAUGAGUUUGAUGCAAGCAACCAUAAGCCCAUCAGCUUGGGUUGCUCACACACUGUCUGUAAGACAUGUCUGCAUAAACUACACUGCAAAGCCUGCCCUUUUGACCAGACCACCAUCACCACCGACAUCGACCUGCUGCCUGUCAACGGUGCUCUACUUCAGCUAGUGGGCGCUCCGGUACCUGAUGACCAGAGCGUGACACUGGGCAAUGUGUCAGACAGCGAACAUUACGAGGUCUGUAAAAGGUGUGUGGAGGAGCUGGCGCUGUACUUGAAACCCAUUAGUGGUGGAAAAGGUAAGCGUGAAUGGCAUCUGAUUGGCAUGCUCCCCCCCACGACAGGCAUGGUGACCCUGAGUCCGAGCGCGCUCAGUCGGCCCAUGCAGAGAAAACUGGUAACGCUGGUGAACUGCCAGCUGGUGGAGGAGGAGGGGCGGAUGCGGGCGGUGCGAGCGUGCCGGUCUCUGGGUGAACGCACCGUCACUGAGCUCAUCCUGCAACACCAGAACCCCCAGCAGCUCUCUGCCAACCUCUGGGCAGCCGUGCGGGCACGCGGAUGUCAGUUCCUGGGGCCUGCCAUGCAGGAGGAUGCCCUAAAAUUGGUCCUUUUGGCUCUGGAGGAUGGUUCUGCCUUGUCCCGGAAGGUUCUGGUGCUUUUUGUGGUGCAGAAGCUUGAGGCGCGAUUCCCGCAGGCCUCUAAGACCAGCAUAGGGCACGUGGUACAGCUGCUCUAUAGGGCCUCCUGCUUUAAGGUGACCAAACGGGAUGAGGACUCCUCUCUUAUGCAGCUGAAGGAGGAGUUCCGGACUUACGAGGCACUGCGCCGCGAACACGAUGCUCAGAUUGUUCACAUCGCCAUGGAGGCCGGCCUACGCAUUUCACCAGAGCAGUGGUCUUCUCUGCUCUACGGCGAUCUCGUUCACAAGUCUCACAUGCAGUCUAUUAUAGACAAGCUGCAGUCACCUGAAUCCUUUGCCAAGAGUGUACAGGAACUGACUAUUGUUCUACAGAGGACGGGAGAUCCAGGCAACCUCAACAGCCUCAGGCCACAUCUAGAACUGCUGGCCAACAUUGACCACAACCCAGACGCAGCCUCGCCCUCCUGGGAGGAGCUGGAGCGCGUGAUGCUGGCAGUGAAGGUGGUGGUCCACGGUCUGGUCGAGUUCAUCCAGAACUUCAGCAAAAAGAGCCACGAGACCACACAGCCUCAGCCCAAUAGCAAAUAUAAAACCAGCAUGUGCCGAGACCUCCGACAGCAAGGCGGCUGCCCGCGAGGGAUCAACUGCACCUUCGCUCACACACAGGAUGAAUUAGAAAAGUACAGAAUGAGAAAUAAGAAAGUCAAUGGGGCAGCAAGGUCAUUCCUGCUGCCCCAGGCAAUCCUGCCCAAAGGGGGCAACAGCAAAGGAGGACUUCUGUCUCUGGAUGGAACUAUUGGGGGUCUGCAAGGCACUGAGAAGGAAGGUUUGGUGUCAGAAGGUUCCCCAGCCCCUCAGCUCAUUCCCAGAGGUGGAGACAUACCUGAUGAAAUGACCAGAGCUCAAGCCAAUGGCGCUAAUGGUCUUCCUGGUGCCACUCACCCAUCCUCUGGAGGCCUGGAGAGGAAAACAAUUUCUCCCCCAAAGACUCCUGUUAGUCAUAACCACAGCUCAGUGACGUCCACUCACCCCUCAGGAUCUCAGAUGGAGGGAGGAUCUGUGCUGCCCAGACAUGGGCAUUUCCCUCAGAGAGGACACCCUGAGGUCUACUACUCUCAGGAGCCGCGACCCCCAUGUGAACUGUCCCCUUACCAGCCUCCUAGUGACUACUACUCUUCCUCCUCCUCAGUGCCUCCGCAUAAACCAUGCACGGCACGUUUUGUACGUUCUAGCAACGUACCCGAAUCCUCGAUGCCCCCAGCGAUGGGCCCGGCGUACUCAGAACAUCACACCUCACUGCCCUCCCGGGAACGCCUGGGGCCCUCGCCCUUUGGACCAGCCCAUCCCUACGGACCCCUGUCGCACGGCCACAGCACCUACGCCCCCGUGUAUGAUAGCAGACGUGUGUGGAGGCCUCAGCUGUACCAGCGGGAGGACGGCCGGAGUAACUCUCUGCCUCCUGAGGUGCUGCACUCCACAGUUUACCAGCCUCCCCUGAGAGAGCGCUUCAACUCCCUCGACAGCCCCUACUGCAGCACAGCGGAGCAGAGAGCGGCUCUGCACAGGGACUCAUACGGCCGCGUUCCUCUUGGCUAUGACGAUCUUUUUCGACAGGAGCAGUUGUCACAUCAUCAUGGCAAUGUAAACAGGCCAUCCCAAUCAUGCCCAGUUUUCACUGCUGACUUUUGUGCAGAGCACUCGGAGGGUGUAGGUGGUGCGUGUAUAAGCUGUAAGUGCCGUGGAGACGAGACUCUGGCCCACUACUCGCCUUGGUCGUGUGGCACCAUCAGCCCAUGCAUUGGCCCGUUUGAGUCGGAACCUCACAGCUCCUCAUCCCACUCCUGUUCGGAGCAUCACACAGAUGUGGAGAGUACAGGGAAGCAUUGGCUGCAUGUCUUGGAGCCUUAUAGGCGACUGAAAGAUGAAGACCCUAUUAUCCCAUUUGGAGAGGGGCCCAUUAUCUCCAAAUGGGGGGCUAUUUCUCGUGCCUCCCGCACUGGCUAUCACACCACUGACCCUGUCCAGGCCACCGCCUCACAAGGCACUGCAAGCACCACACCUAGCAACUUCAGAGAUUAUGGCCCUCACAUUGGUCACAAUGACUACAGGUGGGGCCCACGAGGGUCUGAUUCAUCCAGUCACUCCAGCUUCCUAGAGAGUGAUCAGCUAGGAGUGGUGGAGCUGCCAGCACAGAGGAGUUCCUACAGUUCAGGGGUGAAGCAGGGCUCGGGGCUCCUGCGUGCUGACCGUUUGGAGACUGAACCUGAACCUGACAUUGAGUUAGAGCUGUCCGCUCUGGAACUGGAAGAGCCAGACACACCCCAACACAAGCAUGAGGAAUCUCUUGAUUCGAGGACUCAUUCACAUGGCAACAGCCUCUCCACGCCCUUCAACAACCCAGCAAGGUCACAGUCUGACAAAUUCCUGUCUGACAGGAUGGACACCCACUUGUUGAAAAAGAUGGCCUUCAGGAAGUCUCUCUCUCCGGGGGGCCUUGUCUCUGGGGGUCUCAGUGUGGGGAAGUUGGCGUUGAAGACAGGAUCUCCCAGGGCAGAUGAUACUGCUCAUCCCAGUCCAGUGGCUGAGAUGCUGCUCAAUGGGAGCUGAGUGCUCCAUUAACCAACUCCCUUCAUGUUUGAGCAUCAUAGAGUAAAGUGAAGAGCAUCAAAUUAACACCACCUUCUUUUUGGACAGCAGGUAGAUUUGCCCUGUCUGGGGAAGAACAGAACAAGAGGAGCUCUCAACUUCCCA